UUAAAUCUAGAGGUCAUUUUGUCCUUGGGAUUUAGUUUGGUCAGAGUCGUAAACAAAAGAUCUACAAUUCCCUGGCGUGGUCAUAGCAUUUGUGUAAAGUUCUUUUACUUCAAGUCAAUGCUAUGUCAUACCGAAAAUAUUUCUACACCGGAAGUUAGUUGUUCCACGAGAAAGUCGAGGGUUGUGUGUCGGCUUCUACAAGGAAGGCAAGGUGAAGUCAACAUUAUGGAAGUUUUGUUAAUUUUACAAACUCAAGACUUCAAUUAGAAGCAGAAUACUGAGAUCAAAGUAAUGUUCGCUGACGUGUCAAAUGGCCGUGGAAAUCGUCUUCGAUAACCCUGGAUCACAGCAUGUUUACUCGUGUCCAGCCCCGCUUCACUACCAAGAGGAUGGAAAACAAGGUCUUCUGUCAAAUUUAAAACUUUAUCAUCAAUUCGGACCAUACCAAUGGAUAGAAAACAAUGAGAAUUCUGCCUUUUCCACCCAAGCGGCUAGUGCAACUAGUGAAAUAUAUUCAAAUCAAACAGAAAAAUCAGAUGUAAUUAAAGCUGAACUAGACUGUAACGAACACAUCCAUGUUAAACCGGAACUUUGUGGAUGCGAUGUCUGCCAGAAACUGUUUGUCGGAGCCUGUAAUUUACUUCAUUAUGAAGACAACAAACGUGAUCAAGCGUAUGUUGCUAUGGAAACCGAAUACCAUAAGGAAGAAGAGGUUGCACCGAACACUACGACUCCGGUAUCUAAUGAUAAAUUGCUUAAAAUGACAUGCAAAAAUUGUGGAGAGGAAUUAAUGGACGACUUGUCUCUUUCAUCUUUCGAUCUGGAACAAAACUCGAGCCAACAAUUCUGCGUGGCCUGCUUAAUGAGUGACGUUGUCGAUUCCAUCCAUGGGACAAACGACGUGUUUGAUGACGUCACACAAUGUAUCGAGUAUGAAUGCUCUUUGUGCACGGCGGUUUUCCUAAGUAGGACGGAGAUCCGAAAACAUUUUGACACACAUGAUAGAAUUCAAAACCACGUUUGUCCAUUCUGUGAUCAACAAUUUAGUGACGGAGAGGAGUUCUAUGACCACUUUCGGAGUCAUGAGAAAAACCAGGAAUUCACAUGUAGGGUAUGUGAGAAGGUGUUUACGUGUGAAAGUAUAUAUCAGUUCCAUGUAAAAUCUCAUAGGAUAUUGGACAAUUUGAGACGACCCCAUUGUGCCAAACAACCAAGUGAUAUAGACGAGUGUUACAGUGCUAAUAAUCAUACACACGCUAUAUUACGGAAGGACAAUGACGUCAUCACAAAUAGUGAUGUCAUUGCCACAGAAAAAGUUAGAGCUGUAGAAGGCAGUGCCAACAGACUUGGGAAGGACCUAACCGUGUCAGUCGAGACUUCACCACAGGGAAGUGAUGACAACGUGGCACCUGAUGUCUUACCUGCCUUUGUCUACGAGCGUGAGGUAUAUUGUGCAGGUUUUGAUGAUUACAGUGGACAGGAUGUUUAUCCUCAUCGAAGGUUGAGCAAUAAAGAUAUCAGUUCCAACCUCGAUCGACUAACAACCUCAUCGGUAAAUAUAGUAGGAACCAUCCGUUUAGAUGGUAACAGUUUUGAGAUCGGAAGCAUAGAGAAAGACGGAAUAGACGAAAACCCCGUUGAAACUGAUAGCGAGGGACACGGAACGGGAGAGAAUGGCGGUGCUGAAGUCAGUAGUAGGGGACAAAUAGAGGUAGAAGGGAUAGAAAAUGUCCAGAUCGAUUCAAGGAGUGAAAAAGAGAAAAACAUCUUGGUAACCGGUAGUAGGUACCAGAAAAGAUUUGAUCGAACAGAGUCCGGUAACGAGGGACAUGAAGUGAGAGAAAGUCACAACACAGAGACCGGUAACGAGGAACAGGAAGUGGGAGACAGUGACUACACAGAGUCCGGUAACGAGGAACAGGAAGUGAGAGACAGUGACUACACAGAGUCCGGUAACGAGGAACAGGAAGUGGGAGACAGUGACUACACAGAGUCCGGUAACGAGGAACAGGAAGUGAGAGACAGUGACUACACAGAGUCCGGUAACGAGGAACAGGAAGUGGGAGACAGUGACUACACAGAGUCCGGUAACGAGGUACAGGAAGUGGGAGACAGUGACUGCAUAGAGUCCGGUAACGAGGUACAGGAAGUGGGAGACAGUGACUGCAUAGAGUCCGGUAACGAGGUACAGGAAGUGCGAGACAGUGACUGCAUAGAGUCCGGUAACGAGGAACAGGAAGUGCGAGACAGUGACUACACAGAGUCCGGUAACGAGGUACAGGAAGUGCGAGACAGUGACUGCAUAGAGUCCGGUAACGAGGUACAGGAAGUGCGAGACAGUGACAGCACAUACAUAGGAAGUGAGGGACAGGUAGUGGGAGAAGAUGGUAGCAUUGCGUCCGGUAACGAGGGACAGGAAGUGGGAGAUAGUGACUACACAGUGUCCGGUUACAAGGUACAAGACGUGGGAAACAGUGACAGCUUUACGUCCGAAUGCGAAGGACAGGAUUGGCGAGAUGACGACUGCGAGCAACAGCAAAAAGUAGGCGACGAGAAUGUUCCUGGGGAUGACACCCGUAGGAUAAAACGACGACCAAAAGAGUCAACGAAGCUAUUCGAAGAGAAAGAAAAUCCUGCGGAGGAAUUGUUUGUUUUGAGCCGGAAGAAAUUUGAUAUUGAUAAGAGCAAAAAGAUAAUUAUUAAAAAGACUCUUGUCAUACCUAAAAAGCAACCGGCUGUUUUGGGGAAAAGUCAUAUAGACGACAACAACAAUAACGUCAAUCACAAAAAAACAAAACAGCCACGUGACAGAAAUAACAAUCUAGAACAUAACAAAUACAAAAGUAUAUUAAGUCCCAGUCCUAUAAAUCAGUCGAAUUCUAAAGUAGCUGUCUUACCAUAUAUAUCGAACCGCAGCGGUGGCAAAGACGACAAUGGCAACAUUGCAUUAGUUUCAAAUUUCUUACUUGAAGAAGAGUCAUUAGAUCGUGUUCCACGAUUUCGAAAAAAGUCGAGGAAAAAGCGCCUAUCAGAAGGAAAAUCUAACUUGGGGGAUAAUCAUUCCAAAUCAGAAAGGACAUUUUGCUCAUCGGAGACUAAAUCGUGUAAUUUGGCAACAGUGAAAAAAGGACGGAAAUGUGCUUCCUCAAAAACACCUGGAAAACAUGUGUCGGGAAACGGGCAACUUUCGACGCAACUGAAGAAAAAGAGAGUUCGCGUUAAGGACGACAGCUCAUCGUUUUCCAAUAACCACCUUUCGUCAUCAGAUGGUCAUUGCGAGUGGACAUCAGAUGGACAAAAGAUGUUAUCCUCCUGGCAACAGUACCUUGGAGGAGCCAGGGCCGCCCUCAGAUUUCCAUGCCGGCGGUUCAGAUGACCUCGAUUAUUCUUCAGACGAUUCUGACUUUGCCAGAGGCCAUCGCAAAUGUAAAUACUGCUCCAAGACAUUUCGGACUAAAUCUAGCCUCUCCUUGCACGUGUCUAUACACGAAGGAAAGGGACCAUUUAAGUGUGACAUUUGUAAUAAGAGUUGUCAAACACGAGGAGACCUGAAAAAGCAUUUGACCGUUCACACCGGUGACCGGCCAUUUUCGUGUGACAUCUGCCAAAAGUCAUUUUCUCAAAGCAGUAAUUUGAACAGACACAAGGCAACUCAUACAGACAGAGAUACGGACACCGAUAACUCCAAGACGGGAAUGUUCCCAUGUGAUUUGUGCGAUAAACGUUUCACACAGAAAGCGCAUAUGCAUCGACACAGACGUCUACAUACGGGUGAGAGGUCACACACGUGUGAUACGUGUGGUGAGAGAUUUUUCGAAAAUCGUGAUUUAAAGAGACAUCUCCAGAAACACAAAAGCGGGAAAUAUAUGAAAUGUACCGUUUGUGGCGAGAAAUAUACGAGACGUCUAGAAUACAAUCGCCAUCUGCGGACACACAAGCAGUUUAAAGAUUAUCGUCUCUACAAUUGCGAUGUUUGUAAGAGCGGUUAUGAUACACGAUAUGAUCUAGUUCAUCACAUGUCGAAACAUACAGGCGAAAGACCCUUUGAAUGUAAAGUCUGCCAGAAAUCUUUCAGAAGUAGAAGAGACUUUCAAGAUCAUACUAAACGUUCGAAACACAAGAAAAGAAUGUUUAAGAUAGAGAAAAAAUAUUAAUCAAAACAUCAGGCAGAAGGGGAGGGAACCUUGUUGGUGGAACAACCAAAGUUAUUAUUCUAGUCAAAAGAAAGUGUGAUUUGAGCAAUCCAAAAAUCAUUCGGAGGGAAUGAACAACCAAAAUGAUAGUUGGACCAGGAAGUAAGCUAAAACAUCCUUCGGAGGUAGGGAUAUGUGUUUGAAAACGGUCAACACAAUAAUAAACGAUUGCCAGGAACUUGACUGACAGGAACAAUGAGAAAUAUCUCCAUUCUCAACUGAAAUCUGAAUUCUUUCGGAUACAAACCGAUCCCAUUUAAAAGGAAGCGAAUUGUUGUAAUUAACGUAAUUUGUCAUAUAUCAGUUUAAAUAUAUACAUACACAAAGCGCCAUGAAAUCAUUUAUAAAUUCGAUAUCCAUAUGAUAGAACCAAUAAAUAUAUAGAAAGCUGGUUUAAUAUA